AUAAAGAGAAUGAAAUGCAUAUGGCCAGUGUUUAUAUAAAAAUUUAUAAAAAUGGUACAGAAGAGAAGAUAUAUUAUAGCUGCAUUUGUAAAUGGAAAUGAGCUCAAUUCAUGUGUCAUGGGUUUCUUCCUUUUGUUUGUGUUUACCAAAUUCAUCACGCUUUGAAGCAUCAAAAAUUUCAUCACAGUUUAAGCCUCUGAAUGCCACUCCUGUCAAAGGAACAAAACACUACCUUGUUAAAUUUCCCAGAGAAAGAACAAGAACAAGAGCAACCCUUGAUGAUGUUGAAAGAGACCAACUUUCCUCAACCCCACUUCUUGUCGAGGACGAAAAGGAAGUUGAGAAAAGUGUGAAAGUGUUGAAAAAUGCCGCUAAGACAAGAAAGGUAGCAGCAGAGGAGGUUCUUUCUGCACUGUCUGUCAUUGAGAAAGCAAAAGUUGAUCCUUCUGGCUUUUUUGAAACCCUUGGUGGAAAGGAAUCCCCUGGGAGGACCUGGAUGCUAAUUUUUACUGCUGAGAAACAACUAAAAGGUGGUCGGUAUUUUCCUCUCACCGCUGUUCAGAGAUUUGAUGCUGCUGCAAAGAGGAUCGAAAAUGGUGUAUAUCUUGGACCCAUUGGACAAUUAACAUUUGAAGGAAGACUUUCAUGGAAAAACAGAAUACUUGCUUUCAUUUUUGAGAACCUUCUAAUAAAAGUGGGACCCUUGAAGCCUCUACAGAUCAGCUUAGGAAAAAAGGAAGAUAAAGAACCAAGUACAAAGGAUCCAUUUUUCAUCUGGUUUUAUGUUGAUGAGGAAAUAGCUGUUGCUCGAGGCCGGAGUGGAGGAACUGCAUUUUGGUGUCGGUGUCAUCGUGUCAGUAACUGAUUCUUAGGAAGUUUCUUUCUUUUCUGCUUCUGAGUUUCGGACUUUAAAUGGAAAAAGAUUCAUGUAUAUAUUUUAGUGGUUAAACAUAUUUGUAGCUGUGUACUGUAUAGAUUAUAUACAUAUUUGUACCUAGAAUCCAAGAAUUAAAGUUUUUAUUUCAUGAUAUUACUGGCUUACUGCCAUUGAUUUUGUGAGGAAAAAACUAUUCAACAACUAAAGAAUGGAGACUUAAAAAUAAGAGGAAGAAAUGAAAGAUUCUCCACCAGGUCCAGUUUAGCAGAAGGAUCUUCACCCUU